AGAGAGAGAGUAUGUGUGUGAGAGAGUGUAUGACGGACAGAAAGAGGGAGAGAGAGGGAGAGGAAGAGUGUGUGUGUGUUAUUGAGAGAGUAAGAGAGAGAGAGAGAGAGAGAGAGAGAUAGAGGGAGUGAGCAGUGGGAGAGGUUAGAGGAGCAGUAGGCUGUGGGGAGUGUGUGUGUAUGAGUGUGUGUGUGUGUAUGAGUGUGUGUGAAGCGUGAAGCUGCCGGACGUGCAUGCUGUCGGAUCCGUGCGUUUGAAAACACCCCCCAACCCCGGUCUCCAGCAUGCUCACUGAGCCUGAGAUACCUCAGGAGUUUAACAGGAUGUCUUCCAAGCGACCAGCCUCUCCAUAUGGGGGAACAGAUGGAGAGGUAGUCAUGGCGACGAGCAGACAGCGACUGGAGGAUGAGGAGGUUGACGGACACGCUGUCAUUCACUUGCCCCUGAGCUCCUACUGCAGCAAGGUGUCCCCUCGCUCGCCCCGCACCCUCGACAGCCCGCCCACACUACACAGCAGCAUGGAGCAGGAGAGCAGUAAAGGCUUGGCCCUGAGCCCCUACACCCAGCACAACUCUUCUACCUCACCCAGUAAGCAGCAGCAGCAGCAGCAGCAGCAGCAGCCGGACGACGGCUCCGGGCGGCCGGGCAGCGAGCCGGGCUCUGCCACCGCCCUGGGCACUCCGGAGAGGCGUAAGGGCAGCCUGGCCGACGUGGUGGACACGCUCAAACAGCGCAAGAUGGAGGAGCUGAUCAAGAGCGAGCCAGAGGAGGCCCCCAGCAUUGAGAGGCUGCUAUCCAAGGACUGGAAGGACAAGCUGCUGGCCAUGGGCUCUGGUCACUUUGGAGAGAUCAAAGGUACCCCGGACAGCCUGGCGGAGAAAGAGCGGCAGCUGAUGGGGAUGAUCAGCCAGCUGAGCAGCCUGAGAGAGCAGCUCCUGGCGGCACACGAGGAGCAGAAGAAGCUGGCGGCCUCGCAGAUAGAGAAGCAGAGGCAGCAGAUGGAGCUCGCCAAGCAGCAGCAGGACCAGAUUGCUCGCCAACAGCAGCAGCUCCUGCAGCAGCAACACAAAAUCAACCUCCUGCAGCAGCAAAUCCAGCAGGUCCAGGGUCAGCUGCCACCACUGAUGAUCCCUGUCUUUCCACCAGAUCAGAGGACGUUGGCGGCAGCCGCAGCCCAGCAGGGAUUCCUCUUGCCUCCGGGCUUCAACUACAAACCAGGUUGCAACGACCCGUACCCCCUCCAGCUGAUCCCCACCAGUAUGGCAGCUGCUGCGGCCGCCACGCCCGGCCUGGGUCCUCUUCAGCUCCAGCAGCUGUAUGCAGCUCAGUUGGCAGCGAUGCAGGUGUCUCCGGGGGCCAAGCAUGGCGCCGUGCCUCAACCCAACCUGGCAGCCGGCACACACUCGCCCACCAGUGGCCAUAGUGAGAAGAGCAGGACCAGUCCACCACCUAAACCCAAGGACGAGGGCGCUCAGCCCCUGAAUCUGUCAGCCAAGCCUAAGACAUCCGAGAGCAAGUCACCCACCUCCCCCGCUUCCCCACAGGUCCCCGCCAUGAAGCUGGGCCCCGGAUCCCUGAAGCACAGCGCCCCCUCCAGCAUCGGAGGACCAGCACCCAGAGUCAGCUCCAUAGACCUGUUGUCGUCCAUCACCUCGGGAGGCUACCUGAACGACCACGAGGCCGUGACCAAGGCCUUUCAGGAGGCGCGGCAGAUGAAGGAGCAGCUGAAGAGGGAGCAGCAGGUUCUGGACGCCAAAGUGGCAGCAGUCAACAGCCUCACCCUCAACAACGGACGCUCUGAAAAGGAGAAGGCAGCUCUAGAGAGCCUGAGUCAGCAGCUGAAACAGUCUGAGGAGAAUAAGUUCACUCACUCCAUGAUGGACUUCGGCAUGAGCGGCGACUCUGAUGGAAGUCCCAGUGUUUCGGACUCGAGGAUGUUCCGUGAAGCUCGGGGUCGCGGCAGUGCCGAACCCCACAUCAAACGACCCAUGAACGCCUUCAUGGUGUGGGCGAAGGACGAGAGGAGGAAGAUCCUGCAGGCUUUCCCCGACAUGCACAACUCCAACAUCAGCAAAAUCCUCGGUUCACGCUGGAAAGCCAUGACGAAUCUGGAGAAGCAGCCGUAUUACGAGGAGCAGGCGCGUCUCAGUAAGCAGCACCUGGAAAAAUAUCCCGACUACAAGUACAAACCGCGGCCCAAACGCACCUGCCUGGUGGACGGCAAGAAGCUUCGCAUCGGCGAAUACAAAGCCAUCAUGCGCAGCCGCCGGCAGGAGAUGCGCCAGUACUUUACUGUCGGUCAGCAGGCCCAGCUGCCUCUGUCCUCAGCGGGCGUGGUGUACCCAGGUGCUCUCUCCAUGGCCGGGAUGCCGUCGCCCCAAAUGCCCUCAGAGCACUCCAGCAUGUCCAGCAGCCCCGAGCCGGCUCCACCAAUCAGCGGCCAGCCCUCCUACCUCAACCUGAGCAAGGGGGAGGAGCCCCGCAUUAAAGAGGAGGAGCUUCGGAUGGACGAGAGCAACGGCGACGCCUACGACGACUUCGACUACGAGGACGAGGACGGAGACUUCGGCAGCGACAGCGAGAAUCACGUGACUCAGUAAACUGAACGGGCAAAGCACAGAGACGUCCCCCCGUCCCGUCCCCUCCCCCCACAAACACAAACACAUACAAAACCCCGUAUCUCCCACCAACCCGUCCCUCAAUCACCCUUUCCCUCACACCCCCCACCCGUCAGGACUUAUGCUGAGAUAUCUACGGCCCUCGAGCAGGAGCCCGAAUACCAGCAGCAGCAGCAGCGAAGCGAAGCACAGGAUCUGUCACUGAACUGAAGCGACUGUUACACUAAAAAUGGAGGGUCUUGGAGAAAAAGGGACGCCGGACGCCUUCUUCUGCUGAAUAACCCUUUUGCUGUGGCAAGUUCUCGUCACGUCUCGCCUCCGUUAUUAAGCUACAGGAUUACGAUACAGGAAGGAGAACUGACCUUGCUGUCGAGGAGAAACGUAUUCUAAACAAGGACCAGUACGUCCGCACGUCAGCACGUCAGCCCGUCGGAGACACUUUAAAUCGGUGGACCUGCUUGUCUAUAAAGAGACACUUUUAAAACUGCGUUUUUUUUUCUGGGUUCUAUAAUAUUCUCACUCAGGUACACGGUGCCAACAAGUGGCUUGUGAAUGUGAUUUGUUGUUUUUGUGCUACAGUUUUAAUAGAGAGAAAAAAAAGCAUUUAUUUUCCUGUUUCAACAUGAAGCACCUGAUAGGAGUAAUGCCGAGUUUUAUCCGAAGUUUUUUUUGUUUUUUAUUAUUCAUUCUCUCAAUUCUCUCGCUGUACUCCGAAGCUAAAUCUUAUAAUCUUAAAAAAUCGUAUCCUUUUGUUUCCCUCCUCCUUUCGCACAGGUCUUUCAACUCUUUUAAAUCUCACAACUCUCACAACUCUCACAAAUCUCACAAACACACAUUCUCACACUCUCGCUCUCUUUAAACGAAUCUUUUUUAAACGUAAGGACACGAGAUUCUGAACAGCACUGGACGACAGACAAUCCCGACUCCUCUCCUUCUGCUCUCCUUGCUUUUUUUAUUAUUAUAGAGGCUUUUUAAAGUCUAUUGAAAUGUAUUUUAUUAAGUCCAUUGAGAAGAUGCGAGUGCUUCUGAAGCAUCUUUCAGACUUUUAGAGUGUGUUUCGAGAUUCUCUACAUCCUCACCAGUUCAGUAGGGUCGUAACGCAGUGGGCGCUUCUUGCUCCGGGUUUUAUUGAGUGCAGACAGACGCAGUGCUGGAUAUUCAGGCGUUUAAAAGCCGUGACAGAGACUCAGAGACUCUGCACCACAAAAGGAAGUGAA